AUGAAGCUCAAGUCGCAAAGCCAGACGGAGGUGCGAGCCGUCUUCGUUUUCGCCAUUGUCACCUGCAUCUUCAUGAUCUACACAUUCACACGCCGGCCAAUCGACGGCAUCCCGACCAAGGCGUCCUGGGGUUGGAAAACCGCCGACCCGUUUCCCGACCCCUCCCUCCCACGCCUCUCCUUCCGCGAUAUUGCCCUGCAAUACGGCUCCCACAAGGCCACGACGACAAAGCACCAUUUUAUGUACGAGAAGUAUCUUCCCGCCAUCCGAGACCGCCACGUCAAAGUCCUCGAAAUCGGACUCGGCUGCGAGACGUACCACUCCGUCCCGGACAACUCGCCCUACCCUCUCGCCAAGGUGGGCGCCAGCUACCGCACCUUCACCUCCUACUUUCCCCAUCUCUCCCUCACCUAUCUCGAGAUCGAUGAGACAUGCGCAAAGGAGUUUGCCACGUAUAACGACAAGGCCGCCAUCUUCAUCGGUGACCAGGGCGACCAGGCUUUCCUCGACAAGUUCGUCGAGCAAGCCACUGUACAUGGCCUCUUUGACAUCGUCAUUGACGACGGCGCCGGCACCGACGACAUACAAGAGCGUACCCUGCGCGACCUCUGGCGUAUCGUCAGCCCCGGCGGCGUCUACUUUGUCGAGGGCGUCCGUCGCAAGUCUGACCGCACGCACCGCUCUGAAGGCCAGCGACCGUUUGGCGACUUUGUCGACGAGCUUCUCUGGGAAGACGCCAUGUUGCCGGAGGGUGAGAUUAGGAGCAUUGAUUGCAUGGAGGGUAUUUGUGCCUUCUUCAAAAAGGACGCUGGCAUGAUUUAG